CGAGCAGGAAGUCUGGAUGAGAGGAAGCGACGUGAGUAGAGGAGAUGAGGUUCAGCAUUCAUAAUAAAAUGUGUUGGAGCCGGGCCCUACUCCUCCUGCUGGUCCAGCUGCUGAGUGUGGAGGCAGUGCCCAUCAGUAUGGACAAAACAAAAGUCAAAGAGCCUGAGAAGAAGCCUGAGGAGCCUCCAGCUAGUGUGGAAACAGGACUCCACUAUGACCGCUACCUCAGGGAAGUCAUCGAUUUUCUAGAAAAAGAUCAGCAUUUCAGAGAAAAACUCCACAAUACAGACAUGGAAGACAUCAAGCAAGGUAAACUGGCCAAAGAGUUGGACUUUGUCAGCCAUCACGUCAGAACAAAACUGGACGAGUUGAAGAGGCAGGAGGUAAACCGGCUCCGAACCCUGAUUAAGGCCAAGCAAGACCUUGAAGGAGGGAACGACAUAGCUGUGGACCACCAGGCUCUGCUAAAACAGUUUGAAUACUUGAACCACAUGAACCCACAUACAUUUGAAGUGGAUGACCUGGAUCGGCUCAUCAAAUCGGCCACUAAAGAUCUGGAGAACUACGACAAAGAGAGACAUGAGGAGUUCAAGAAGUAUGAAAUGAUGAAAGAGCACGACAGACGGGAACACCUGAAGACACUGGAUGAGGAUGAAAGACAGAAAGAAGAGGACCACUAUGAGGAGAUGAGGAAAAAGCAUGCUGACCACCCUAAAGUCAACCAUCCAGGUAGCCAGAAUCAACUUAAGGAGGUGUGGGAGGAAGCAGAUGGCUUAGACCCGGAGGAUUUUGACCCCAAAACCUUUUUCAACCUGCAUGAUACCAAUGGAGAUGGUUUCUUUGACGAACAGGAACUGGAGGCACUGUUCACCAAGGAGCUGGAAAAAAUCUAUGACCCAACAAAUGAGGAGGAUGAUAUGGUGGAGAUGGAGGAGGAGAGGUUACGUAUGAGAGAGCAUGUUAUGAACGAGGUGGAUUCUAACAAAGACAGACUGGUCUCUUUAGAUGAGUUCCUGGUUGCUACAAAGAAAAAAGAGUUCUUGGAGCCAGAUAGUUGGGAGACGCUGGAGCAGAACCAGGCUUACACAGAUGAGGAGAUGAGGGAGUUUGAGGAGCACCUUGCUCAGCAAGAACAGGACCUCAACCUGAAGACUGUUGACCUCCAGAAACAGAGAGAUGAGCUGGAGAGGCAACAGGAGCAGCUUAAUGCACAGAAAAUUGAGCUGCAACAGGCGGUUGAGCAUAUGGAACGGCUGAAAUCACAGAAAGUAGAACCCCCUCCUGAGGUUCAUGUUGAAGGAAAUUUUAUCCCAGAGGUACAUGCAGAUGACAUCCAGUUGCAUCCUGACCAAGCAGCCCAACUCCAAGAGCAUCAGCCUGCAGCCCAUGCCCAGGAUCCUCAAGAUACACCCCAGGAACAUAAUAAUCCACAUAAUCAAGACCCACAAGGCCAACAAGGUCUCCCCCAGACACACCAGGAUCUGCUACCGGGUCACCAAGAAGCCCCACAAGGCCAGCAUAACCUGCCAUAAAAAUGCUGUCAGAACCUUACACCCAGACUUUUGCAGCCCCCUCCAAUCCAGCGUGCAGAAGAGCAGUCCCUGCAGAUUAUUAGGCCUCUUUAACCAGCAUGAUUUAGGGGUUUGGAGGACUCUUGGGAUGAAGGAGAGCAGCACAAAAGGAAUUCCUGUUAAACUAUACCAGUGUUUGAUAACUGUCAUUCUUGAAUUACAUAAAGGAAAGUAAAAUGAGCAACCAAGGACAUGCAUUUUAAAACCACUUGCAUUUUCAAGGAGCUGAGUUUGAUAACUUUAGAAAUUAUCAAGAAUGUUUGGUAAUAUGAUUAUACAAAAAUAUAAUUUUGUGUAACUUUCAUGGCCUACUGUUUGCUGUUGAAAGUAAGAACCUCUAAAACGACAACCUGAUUUUCAUCCAUGAGUCUGUUGGAUACAUACAGUGCAGCUGUUGAGGGGAAUAAGGUGUAAAAAGUUUUUUCAGACUUAUAAUUUUUGACGGAUUUUCUGACUGAAUUAUAAAGAUACACGUGAACAUUUCAAACAAGAGUUAAGUGUUUAUUUUACGUGUGACAUGUUUGCAAGGUUUUUUCUCUGGAUAGCACUACACAUUUGAGAAAUUUAGUGAGACAUCUUUUUUUUUAAAUGUUUUCUACAAUUUACAUUGAGCCUAAAUUGCAAUAGAGGCACCAUAUCUUUAUACACCAUUUCAGUGUUUACAUUGACCAUUUACAUUUUAUAUCCAUUAUCUUCAGCUGCCACUGUCAAACCAACCAAUAAAUCAGUGUAGCCCAUGUUGCUCCAGAGACCUCAUACUUGUGUCAAGAAAUCAUUUUACAGAUGUUUCUGCUGCUUUCUUAAUGUUAAUUGUGGUUGCUGUCAUAACCUGUGUCAGCUGUUUACCUACAUUGAAACACUACUAUUUCAUUGUGUGUAGUCAGAAUAUUUUCUCAACUGUAGAAAAUGUGUUCUCUGCCAAAAGAGAUGAGUAAUGGAGUUUUAAAAGUUGUCCACAUUACAGUUUCUCUCCAACACUUGAGGUUAAAAUAUAUACAGGUAUUAGGUUCUUAAAAAUAAAUAUAGACAUGAAAUCGUCUCCCAAACAACAAAGGUUUCCCCUCCAUUUUCUUGCAGUCAGAGAUGCUUAUAAUACGUGAGUUUGAGUUUACUUGCAGUAUGGCUCUGAGUUGGUUAAAAUUGAUCAAGAUUUUUGAUGUUAAAUAGAACAGUUUUGGUUUUGAGAAGUUCAUUCAAUUAAGCUGUAGAUCUUUAUUCUGGAUGUCUUUGAUCACAAUUGUCUGCAUCAAAGUAUUGUGUUGAUGCAGCUGUAGGAUUUGUUGAACUAGAUCAGUCAACUCAAAGAUUUUUUAUUAGAAAAAAAAGGCAAAACAGCUGAGUCUGGUAUUACUGUCUCAAAAAAUGCAGCAGGGUUUCUCUGUUGUCUGUUAAAGCGAAAGUGUGAUAACAUGAAAACCUCUACAUUUGUUUUUUUUUGGCAUUCAGUUCAAAUCACUGUAUUUGGCACUAGAAGUAUAUUACUAAUUUGAGGAAUGUCAUAGUAUGGCAUACUUUUUCCCCAAAUCUCCGUUAGGUGCGAUUACACUCCAGGUUCCAUCUUGUGUCAAGUAGUGCUGUGAUUUCUUUUAGCUGGCAGAGUAGUCAUACCAAACAGGUUUUGAGGUGUUUCCAUUGCAUCCUGUGAAUUAACAGAUCUGCCUUAUUGUGGUUCAGUUCAUACAAAAUUUAGACGUGGAAUAUAUGCUUUACUCUUCUUGUUGUGUCAUUAGUUUUUGUGCCAAGUGUUUCUUUGAUACAAUACUGCAUCAUAAUUUGCACAAAAUGUACAGUUGGUGUUUUCAGAUUGCUUGCUGCUGGAUAAAAUAAUCAUUUGAUGAUACUGUACACCUCAGUUCAAGAUAAUAAAAACAGUUAUGACCUUUCAGAUUA